AUGGGCAAUAGUAGCUCAAAACACCCGGGGGAGCACCCCAGCUCCGCCCGAACUCCUUCGAACGCUGGCGAACCCCACCAUACCCUCUCUCCCCAAGCUUCGUCAUCCACAAGAUCGAGAAAUCGAGCUAGCCGAGCCGAAUUCAGCCUCUUAACUGGCUUCGCUCCGGCGAGGACGUCUAGCACCCAACAGACCACUCAGCCUGAACUGCGCCGGGAGACACGCCAGGAACGAGAGGCUAGACGUCUGGAGAAGGAAAGGAUUGCUAGGGAGAAGGAGAGAGAGAGGAGUAUGCGCGAGGAGCAUGUGGACGGAGGAUUCCUUGUUACUAUGGGUAUAUACAAAGGCAGAGAAGAUUUCAACAAGACCAUCGUUCGUCAGCUUCAAAUCGAACGUAGGCUAGCUCCAUUCUGGCGACCCAUCGAGGAAGAUGUCGACGAUCUUACCGAUGCCCAACUCGUUGCCGUUGCGAGGGGCUUGCCUGUCCCCGAACCCGAUGCUCCCUUACCACCCGAUCUCCUCGCCGAACCCCAAUCUCCCGUCUCGCCCAACCAAUCAACCCAAAACCUCAGCCUCACUGUUCCUUCCGGUCAGGGACUGCCUAGCUCUGCUGCCGAGCCGGGUCCAUCUGGGCCUACCUCCUCACUACCAUCCCCGACUUCUCCGCCUCGCAAGUCCCGUGGGAAGGCUAUCGCCGAGGCUCUUAGUCAUAGUUUACGGUCCUCGCGGAACAACUCACAGACGGAUCUCUCGCUUCGCGAGAUAGCGCUCCCCAACGAUCCGUUUGUCAACGGACAACCUCUCGAGGUUGCCCUCUAUCGAAACUCCGAAGACUGUCCGAUUUGUUUCGCCACAUACCCGCGCUACUUGAACUAUACCCGAUGUUGCGGAAAUAUGAUAUGCAGCGAGUGCUUUGUACAGAUUAAACGCCCAGAUCCACACGUUCCCGAGAGUCACGGAGAGCCCGGUGCCGAUAACAGCCCACAUGAACAGGCAAGGGAAACGCACAACAUGCUGGUCUCUGAACCGGCUGCCUGCCCAUACUGCACGCAGCCAGAGUUUGGUGUAACUUAUGAUCCGCCUCCGUUCCGCCGCGGUCUUGUCUAUUCGACCACUGUUCCCCUGUUUGGGGCAAGUGCCAUGUCGUCCCAGAGUUCUCUCCACUCCAAUCCGACCCCCGCAUCCCCGACAUCUCCCACUGGCGGUGGAAGAAGGCGGACUCAGAGCUUAUCGGCUACUGCUCCGAACGUUGUGACAACCGACCGCAUUCGACCGGAUUGGGCGUUGAAACUGGCGGCCCAACGAACGAGCCAGGCGCGAAGGGCGGCUGCAGCCACGGCUCUGCACCAGGCUGCCUUCAUUAUGUAUAACAACGAUAGGCAGUUCGGCAUCAGCAGCCGUGCCCCUAGGUUCAUGAGGCGUGGCCUGUCAGGCACAAACUCUGGCGCGGGACAGAGCCCUUCUCCGGGUGCAGCUCCUUCUAGCGAUUCUUUACAGGGCGCCGAAGGUGCCCCGCAGCCAGCCCCGCGCCCCUACAUGACCGAGAACGACCGGCUGCAGCAGUUUGAAGAGGUCAUGAUGGCGGAAGCUAUCCGCCUCUCUCUUGCAGCGGAAGAGGAGCGUCGCAGGAAGGCCGAGAGGGAGGCCGAGAAGGAGGCGAAGAAAGAAGCUAAGAAGCGAGAGAAGGAGGAGCGCAAGAAUGCCAAGCUGCAGGCAAAAAGUGGAAGUCUCUACGCAGAUGCUCAAGGCUCUGCCAGUCGAAGUAGCGUGUCUCUCGGCAUCGGCCGCCGAAGGGGGAAUAGCGGAACCAGCAGCCUUCGUACGGAGUUAACCUCCGAACUGCAGGGAGGACGAGGAGAGAGCAGUGGAGCAGUCGCAUCCAGCAGCGGAACUCUGUCAUCUGGAGAUGCUGGCCAACCGUUGGAUAAGGGUAAGGCCGCCGAGCGAAGCGGCCUGUCUUUGCCGACGACGACUGCUUCGUCAUCGAUCGCGAUCCCCCAACAGACUGGACACCAUGGCCCAUCCCAUCUACGCCAAACUAGCAACAUCUCAUCUAUAGCAUCCUCUCUUGUCGAUAGUCAGGCCGGAAGCUAUUCUGGUCAAGGUGGCUACCUAGGAAGAAGCCCCGACGCUUUCAACCCGAGGACUAGUGGCAUAAGUCUUGCCUCUCACGACUCCGGAGCCGGCGGCGGUCCCGAAUCCAUGUUCAACUUUACCAGCAUGGCAUCGAGAAUGGGAAUUAAUCUCGAAGGCCAACCCAGCGAGGCCGCGGAGGGUGCUACCGACACGGGGAUUACGCAAUCACAGAGUGAGAUAACGCAGAUUGGGGAUGAAGAGCCUACGACUCAGCAAACUGUCGAUGAGGCCGUCGAAGACGGCGUCAUCACGCUUCAACCUUCGCAACCGGGGCAGGACAGUGCCGAAGGGACCGUUCCUAACAAUAAGGUGCACGUUGCGCCCGAGUUGCGACUUAUUCCCGGAAGUCCGAGACCGACGUCGAACGACAGCGAGUUUUCCAAGGGCCUUGAAUCCGACGGCGCGAUUUCGCAACGGGAGCGGGCUGGUGGGAUCGUGUAA